AUGUCGGUUUUGGUUAAUGGAAGUCCAACAAAGGAAUUUGAGGUUAAGAGAGGUUUGCGCCAAGGCGAUCCUUUAUCGCCUUUUCUCUUUGUUAUUGUGGCGGAGGCUCUCACUAGGUCGGUUCGAAAAUCGAUUGAUAUUGGGGAAUAUGAUAUGUUUGUCAUUAAAAGGAGUUGUAGUGUGGAUAUUCUUCAAUUCGCGGAUGAUACUUUGUUGGUAGGGAAUAGGACUUGGAAGCAUGUGAAGGCUUUGAAGACUGUGUUAAGAGCCUUUGAACUAGUUUCGGGUCUUGGCAUUAAUUUUCACAAACGCAAGUCGAUUGGUAUUAAUGUCCCGACUAAAUUUUUAAAAGCCGCCACUUUUUAUCUUUCUUGCAAAUUAGAAGAGAGUAGUUUCACCUUUCUUGGAAUUUCAAUUGGCAUCAAUCCUAGGAAGGAAUCAUCUUGGUAUCCUCUUUUAAACAAGAUGAGAAAUCGUCUAACGGGAUGGAAGAAUCAUUUUCUCAAUCAUGGAGGUAGAAUCACUCUUUUGAAAUCUAUUUUGACUUCUCUUAACAUCUUUACUUUAUCAUUUUACAAGAUAUCGGAUAAAGUGGUUAAGGAAGUUAAUAAGAUUCAAAGUAAUUUUUUUGGGGAGAAGUGGAAGACAAAAGGAAGAUUCAUUGGGCUAGAUACGGAUCUUAUUGUCUCUAAUUGUCGCUUCACUAUUGGAAAUGGUUAUAAUACCCCUUUUUUGGAAACUUGUUGGUUAGAGAAUGUUAUUUUGAAGGAGGCUUUUCCGGUUCUUUUUUCGGCUUCUUCUUUGAAGAAAGUAUCAGUGGGGCGUUUAGAGUCUUUUAGAGGUGUGCUUGAUGUAAAGGAUUCGGUUUUUUGGUCUCUAGGUCUGGAAAAGGGUUUUACGGUUUUCUCUUGUUACUCGCAUUAUGCUCUUUCGCGUUUUCCUUAUGAGCCUAUAAAUAGGUGUGAUGGGGUUUUGGAAGUUAUUUGGAAGAUGGAGGUGUCGUUCAAGAUUAAAGCUUUCGGAUGGAGACUUUUUGUUAAUAGAUUAUCCACUAAAGAUCUUUUGAGAAUUAGAGGUAUUAACUUUACUUUACCUAACUUAAAGUGUAUUUUUUGUGAUAAUCACUUGGAAGAUAGGAACCAUAUCUUUUUUAAGUGUGAUGUGAUUAAGAUUGUUUGGAGGAAAAUAGCUUCUUGGGUGAAUUUUCUGGGGGUGGUGGAGGAUGAAUGUCUCCCGUCUUUUAUGGAGUGGCAUUCUCUUGGCCGUGUAAAAAAACUAAAGAAGGCAAAUUUUGGGUGUUUUGGUUAG